AUGAACAAUCAUAUUAGUGAGUCAUCUUCAACAACUAAACUAUUUCGUUUUAGUUCCGGUCAAUGUUUAACAUUGAAUGAAUAUCAAAUAGAAAAAAUUCCCUAUUUAACUGCAUUAGUAUCUGCUGGAAUUAAUUUUGAUUCAAUCAAAGUCAAUGAAGAAUAUUAUUUACUGGAUUCUCAGAUUGAUUACGAACAUUUUCUUUAUGUUCUUGAUUCAAUUUCAUUUCAAACUGUACGAGAAAUAUUUAUUCAUUUACCUAAAAAUUAUAAUAUUUUGGCUAUCAUUGCUCUGUUAGAUUUUCUUGCCAUUGAAUUCGAAAAAGAUCCAACUCUCGAAGAAGUUAAUUCAAGUUUCUUUUGGACAGCUGAUUUUGGUAAUAAAUUAGGUACAUAUCAAUUUAUUUAUAGACCAUCUGACAUUCAAGAUAUGACUGUUCGAUUUGCUAUAGCUAUAGCAAAAGAAAAAUAUGAUUUUAGAAAUCGUAAAGUAAUCGAUCAAAUCUAUUGGUUCAUCAUGUUUAUUCUUAGUGCUCACGAACUAUUUGAAACACAUAUUCGUUAUCAUGUACAAACAAUUGCUGAGAACUGUUUUUCUAUAUUUUGUCCAUCACUAUUGAAGUGUCUAUAUCGACUUGAACAAAGAAUAGAAAAAGAAAUACGAAAAACAUCGAUCACAACAAAUAAUUUACUCUGGAAUUUAAAUACAUUCAAUAAUGAUUGUAUAUUUCAUUUUUGGGAUUUCGAUUAUUUAUGUAUCAAACGUCGUCUGGACUUGACCUUUAGGAAUUGUUCUUGCUACGGAUUUAUGCUAUUCAUCAAAUCGAAAAAAGAAUCUUCUUUUUUUUGUGAUUGUCGUAACAAGUCAUAUAAUAUGGAUAAAUAUCUUGAAAUUUCUCGUCAAAAAAUAUUAGAAAAUAUAUAUAAACAUUUAUUAAGUUUAGUAUUAGAACAAAUAUUACUAGAAACUCAUAGCCAUGAAUUCGAUGAUUAUGAUGAAUUAAUAUAUAAAUCAAUCUUAGACAAUAUAUUGAAUAAUAAUACUGUACAACGUAUCAUACAAGAAAAUAUAUCAUUAGAAAUAUGUGAAUUGAAGUCAAAACUAAAACGAAAAUAUGCUGAGUUAACGAAAGACAUACAAACUUAUGAACGAAAUCGUUCUAUAGUUACUAAAGACAACCUAAGAACUCAUUUACUGCUGUCAUAUUGGGAAAUGAAUGACUCAAUAUUGAAGAUUAAACAAAAUGAAGCAUUAGCAUAUGAACAGACUCUAAAAAAGUUGCAUCAAUAUGAAUCUGUAAUUGAUCAAAUACGAAAUGCAAUACUAGUCGAUUUGUAUGAUUUGUUUACAGAUGAAAUUCAAAUAUUUAUUAAUAGACAAGAAGAAAUAUGGACACUAAUUAACAGUUUAUUAUGUAAUUAA